UUUUUUUUCCAAGGAUCUGGUAUCCUAAAUGCUACACGAUGGUUGUUUGGUGCGUUGCUGAUCAGUGCAGUCAGAGAAGGGAAAUCGCAAUGAAUGAAAUCCCGUUGUGCCCCCGUGAACUGCUGACUUGAAGUUGUCGCACUAUAGACAUGAGCCUGCAGAGCAAUGUCAUGCUGGAGUUGGCAGCCCAGGCUUUCCUAGCCGGAAACUUUGAAUUGGCCGCGGAUAUCUACGAAUGUCAGCUUCGGGAUUUCGGGGAGCCAGCCACUCAGCGGGAGCUGCUUCUCAGGAGGGCCGAUGCCUUAGCGUUUGGGGGGAAGCUGAGUGAAGCCUUUGAGAUCUAUAGGAGAGCCUCGAAGUUGGAGCGGCUGAGACCGGAGCAGCUGGAAAGGCUCACCGAGUGUCUCAGCCACAGCAUCCGGAGCAGAGGGGUGAUUGACAGCACUAGGAGCCAUCAAGGUGGGACUUGUUACGAAGAAUUCGCGUGCCGAAUCUGUCAGGGCUUCCUUUACGAGCCUGUCACACUGCCUUGUGGACACACGUACUGUAAAAAGUGCCUGGACAGAGAUCAGGGAAGGGGUAGGGCAGCGAGCUGCAAGGAGUGCAAGGACACCAGCAAAGCUGCAGAGGUGACAACCCACCGGGUCAACGUUCUUCUUGGAAGUCUGCUGGCCAAGUGGUUUCCAGCUCAAGUCUUAGCGGUGCAGCUCCGACAUCAGGGUAAUGUGCUAUACGCAGAGAAAAGGAUUGACGCGGCACUGGAGAAGUACAAUGAAGCAAUACGCCUAGCUUCCAGAGACCAUGUACUGUUUAGCAACCGGUCACAAAUAAAUUGUAAUUUGAAAAAAUAUGAAAAUGCACUAAAUGAUGCUGAGAUUGCAUGUUUUCUGCAGCCACUUUCACUGAAGGGACACUUAAGAAGAGCACAGGCACUGACUUUUCUUCGUAAAAGUGAAGAAGCUUUAACCGAAUACCUGUUCUGCAUAGCCUUGGACCCUGAAAACAAGAUUGCAAAAUUGGAAGCUCAGAAGCUUCUGAGUGGUCUCUUUGCUCCAGUCCCAGAGGACGUUCAGGAAAGAAUUCCAGACUGCGUGCGCCUCCUUUCACCUCGAGCAAGAUUGAAGGAAGGCACACAGCACACCCUAACGUGGGAGAGCAGCACACCUUCAGGUUUGCAUAAUGAACAUUUCAAAAAACGAUGCCUCCUGUCAUCUCAAGGAAAACUCCUAUCGGUCAGUCUGAAAAAGGCUUUUGAGGUAACGAGCACCAUAUCUUCAGAAGACCGAAGCCAAGCAGUAGGAAUAGAGGAAGAUCACCAUCCAUGUGAAUUUAGCAGAAAAAGGAAGCACAAUGUUGAAGAUGAAGAGACUGCAUAUGGCUUAGGAGUGCUUAGUAAACAUGCAAAGCUUGAGUCAGCGCUGAACGAAGUGCCCUCCCGGUGCAGCCCUGUGAUAGAUGCCAGUGACCUGGAGUGCCCCCUGUGCAUGAGGCUUUUCUAUGAACCUGUUACAACACCCUGUGGUCAUACAUUCUGUCUGAAAUGCCUAGAAAGAUGUCUGGAUCAUAAUCCCCAGUGUCCUCUGUGCAAAGAGGGCUUCUCCGAGUACCUGGCACAGAGGAAGUAUAGCAAAACCAUUUUAAUGGAGGACCUCAUUGCUAAAUAUCUACCGGAAGAGCUGGUGGAGCGAAGAAAGGUUUAUGAGGAGGAGAUAGCAGAGCUGUCCAAUCUGAACAAGAACGUGCCUAUUUUUGUUUGCACUAUGGCCUUCCCCACGGUACCCUGCCCACUGCACAUUUUUGAACCCUGUUACCGACUGAUGAUUCGGAGGUGUAUGGAGACCGGCACAAAACAGUUUGGGAUGUGCCUCAGCGACCCAGUCAAGGGAUUUGCAGAUUAUGGCUGUAUCUUGGAAAUACGGAAUGUGGAGUUUUUUGCUGAUGGGCGCUCUGUGGUUGACACCAUCGGAAAGAGGCGGUUUAAAGUAAUUGAGCACAGUCAGAGAGAUGGCUACAACACAGCUGAUAUUGAAUACCUAGAGGACAGGAAGGUGGAGGGUCAAGAACUGGCUGAGCUGCUGACACUUCACGACACGGUUUAUGAUCAAGCCAUUAUGUGGAUUAAUUCCCUGAAGUCAGAACAGAAGGAGAGAAUUGUAAGCCACUUUGGGCCCAUGCCUGAGAAGGAGCCAGAACCUCAGAUGAGUCCCAAUGGUCCAUCCUGGUGCUGGUGGUUGCUUGCCGUCCUGCCUCUGGAAGGCCGAGCCCAGCUCCCUUUCUUGGCUUUAACAGCACUGAAGGAUCGACUCCUUGGUAUCCGUCGAGUUUUAAUGUUCAUGUCACGCAAUCGCCCUCGAUGACACAAGGCUUGAACAGCUUUCCUAUGUGUAUAAUUGAAACACCAGGACUGUGUUUUUACACUACUUUGACUUCCCUCGUAGUUGAACAAAGUUCAAAACAAAAACUUUAAAGGAUAAAUAAUGUGUCUUUUAGGUUAUCGCCCUCCUCCCACAAUAGUGGGCUAAGAUAAUCUUUGAAGUGAACUUCAUAUGAAUGCAGUGACUCUUAAAAAAACAGCUUAGCACCUCAUAUGCAAAAGAAGGUGACAUUUGUGCUUUGCUCUUAUAGGCUGUCACCAACUGGGCUUCCUUCAGUAAUAACAACCAUUAGGUGUGUUUAUACAUUAUCACACAGCUCUGCUUCCUGAAAAAUGCCUAAGGGUGCUUCCAGCUAAAAAAAUAGACACAGCAAAUGACUCAGGCACUACAAAAUGUGCUCAUCUUUGUAAGCACUGGAUUAUUGUCUCAACCCUACCAGGAAUCCCUUUUCUUUGUAAGUCUGUAAGUUGGAUCUUUUCAAGGCUGGGUCACUUUAAAUGAGGUAAAUACAGAGGAUGCUAAUCUGAAAACUGGGGUGACUGAAAGAUUCUGCAUAGUUUAUGGUUUAGCUGUACAAUCAAAGAAACAUGAAAAUUUUAGCCUUUGCUGGUGUAAAACCUGAAAUUUAGUCAAAUUAUGUCAAGACUGUUUACACCAUUUCAUAAGAUCUAGUAAACAACAUUUAAGUAAAAAUCACAUAAACCAAUAAAUCAUUUUUAGCAAAAUAAUCUCAAAUAAAAAAAAUCAGUGAGAAUGCAUUGACAAUGCAUAUCCAUAGUGUUUCUAUAUAUUAGUCACAUAUUAAAUUUUUAGCAUCCAAGUAGGCAGCGUACCCAGAUUGCCAUUGCUAUAAUCUAAAUUCCUAGUAAAUAAAUAUAAAGCCCCUCCAUUUGUCACGCUAAUUCAGGUGGGAGGGUUAUCAAAGAAUGCAAACUACAUUGGACUUGCACACAAUACACUCCCCUAUCAUUUUAAGUACAUCUGGAUGCUUAGCUACCCCUCCCCCGAGACAUAUUUUCAAGCCUCCUUUACCUAAUAUAAUAUUUUUAAUUCCAUAAUUAAUUACACCGUAAGUUCCGUCUUCUUUACUAUGUUUUUCCUUCAUGCCAUACCACAUGCACUUCAGAAGAGGUCACCCACCAGAAGCUAAGCAUGCUCAGGCCCAUCCAGUACUUGGAUAGGAGACCAUCUAGGAAAAAGAUUAAGUUGCUGCUGGAAGAGGAAUUGGUGAGGCCAGCAGUUGGUGCUUACCCUGUGGUCUGAAUGUGGAUACCAAUGCUCCAGUGCAGUGAUAGUUACAACAUGCUGUGAAAGCAUAAACAUAAAACCGAGCUCCUGACUGUCUGCGGCCAUAACAGAUCCCUGGGCAUCCAUCGUAAAAAGCAGGGUGUAUCCCAAAGUCCUGGCUAAAUUGCCCACCAUGACCUGGUCAUUCUGGCCCCUUAAUCCCUGUCUCUAAUUAGUUAACUAUCUCACCCCUUCACCACCUAAUAACUAAUGUGUGGUGUGAGCAUACUGGCACCAAAAUGGCUCCUACCGCAUAAUCCAGGUGAAUGCUACACAUUAGUGGUGGUUGAAGUAGCUCCUCAUUCACUGUGUAAAAGCGCUUUAAAAAGUGAGAAAAGCACUAUAUAAAUGCGAGAAAUUAUUAUUAUUAGUCACGAUUAGAAAAUCCUGUUAUAUUUAUGGGGAAGGACUUCAACACAAUGUUCUCUAUCCAACUUAAUACAAUUCAUUGUUGGUGUGAGUGGCCACAAGGGCUGCAUGGUGUGAUUAGAGGCCAUUCAAAACAACAGAAAUUAGACUCAUUUUAUUCCAGCCAGCAUCUAUCAUAAUUAAAAAGAGGUACUCACAUGAAAUCACUGAGGAAUCUCAAGCCUUGAGUUGUAACAAAAUGUUUCAACGCAGAACUGUGGGUAGAUGUUGCUGGGCAGUGGAAAGGAGGAUCAGUUAGGUGGUGCCAUUAUACCUAUUAAACAUUUGGUGGAUAUAGCGGAGUAGUGUUUUGGUUUACUAACAUUUAUAUACCUUGAUGGGACACAAUCCUUACAGAUAUGAAUACGGCUAGAAUACAUUCAUGGUUUAUGGAUGAUGUAAAGACAGGCUUACAUCUUCGAGUACCCGCAUGAGAAUUGCAUUUAUAUCUUUAGAUGUUUUCUGCACAAACCUAAUUUGUAUGUUUAAAGCAAUAAAUAAUAAUAAAAUUGAAGAAGUCAAACUUCUCUGACCAAGUGUUACUCAUUGUGGGCAUGUGCAGUACAUUGUAUAGUAAUAAUGUGUUUGUGCACUUCAGUAAAGCAUACAUAAUGGUUCAAAAAUAAAGGCAUGUACAAGAAGGCUAGACUUUUGGCUUAGAUGGACCUCUCAAUAGAUGAAAUUACUGUUACUGUAUAUCUGCAAUUGAUUAUUAUACUUUAAAAGAUGUAAUAGUUAAAUAAAUGGGUCAUGAGGUAAAGAGUUUCCUGGCCAAACACCGAUCCAGUGAUAACACCUUUGCUUCACCUUUGUACACCGCAUUUCUUGCCAGCACCCUACUCCAAGCAGACUGAAGCUUGGCUCUGUGUUUACCUCAGUGCAAUGUAAAAUAUGUGCUACCAAAGCAAGAGUAUUUGUUAAGAGACAUCAAUUUAUAAUUUUGUUUGCUGCUAUUCUAUUUUGGAUGCUUUUUCUAUGAAAGGACAUUCAUUUAACCUCUGCAAGAUUAAACAAUUUUUUUUCCUGUCUGUUACGCGUGAUGUUAGCUAAGUUUUAAUGACUUCAUCAUCUUUUAGCUUUAUGUACACAGUCUGUACAGAUAAAACAAACUACUAACAGGAGAAAAGAAAAACAUCAUUUCACAGUAGCUCCACUUCAGUAACUCAAUGGAAGUAUUGUGUACAAAUCUGGCUUAAUAAUAUUGUGGCCAUGAUGUUUGAUUUAAAAGGUUUUAAAUGAAUAACCAUAUUUAUUUUUGUUUGUUUAUGUGUUUCUGAGGUUGGUCAGUCACUUGAUGCCAUUUUACAAGUCCAUUCAUCCCAAAGUUGUAGUUCUGUGCUAUGUUUUAGCUGGAAGUACUACCAUCUAUGAUAAACCAAUCUUUAUUAUUAUUAUUAUUUUUAUUCGUUUUUUGUAAUAUUGUAAAAGCACCUUUUGUUAUUUCUCCUGAAGCAAUAUAUUUUGUUAAGUACACAACCUUUUUGUAUAUUAAAUGAAAAUGUUCUCAAA